AUGAACAAAAAGAUUACCCUUCUCUUAUUGAUGGCUUGUGUAGUUUGUAUGGCCACAUUGAUGUUUUCCUUCUCAACCCAAGAUGGAGAAUUGAAAAUGAAGAAAAGUCAUUCUUUUUCAUCAUCAAAGAAUCAUGAAUGGAUGGAUAUUGGUCAUCAGAUACAGAUUGCUAAACUAAAUGUAAAAAUGCAGGAGGAAUGAGUUGUGGAAAUUACUAACAAAACUGCUGUGUUGGAAGUAAGUGCAGAAAAGAAGAGAAUUUCUUCUCCACAUCUUUGAUUUGUGAUCAAAGAGUUACAGUUCAAGGAUGCACAACUCCAAAAUGAUAUACA